UCUGGCCUAGUGGAAGCCCAUGGCAGGUGGUUGGAACCUGAUGAUCCAUCAGGUUCCUUCCAACACAAGCCCUUCUAUAAUUCUAUGAUAGCUCUUGUAUCCCCUCCAAAUCAAAACACUGGAAGAAACCAGGUACAAACCAGUAAUACACAGACCUGACUGUGAAAUCAUCAGCACUGAGUGGGUUAAAAAAUGCCACCUUCUCUGACUUCUGUCUCUAAUUACACCUGAACUAUCGGGGGAGAGGCAGAGCUCCCUGAUGGGACUGAUGUGUCAGGAAGAAAAACAUCUGUGGUCUCUGCAGAGCAGAGUCCCUUAGGGCUGGGGCAGAAAUUCACUGCUCUGCAAGAAGGGCUUUGGAGCCAUCGCUGCCCCGGGCAGCCCCACUCCUGUCUCCCCUUGCCUUUGCCAGCUGUGGUCCCUGUCCCUGUGCUCUCCACAGAAGAAAGUUUUAGGUAGAGCAUCACCAACAGAGGCAGCUGCCUGGAAGGAGGUGAAGAAGAAAGUUGUCAGGACUUGCCAUUCCCAGGAUGUUUAAGACUUUAAGGAAAAAAAAAUGGGAAUGUCCCCAGGGUGCAGGUGACCCCAGCCUGAAGCACCUGUGAGGUUUCCAGCACAGCCCUGAGUGCCCAGCUCCUGCUGGUGGCUGGUGGCCGUGCUGGGACAGGCUGGGAUGGUCCCAGUGUGACAUCUGCAGUGGGACCAGAGCCCAGCUCGGCCACAUCAGAUCCUCAGGGACGAAAAGCCUGGUUCUGUUCUGGGACACUGCCUGCAGGUCCCCAGCAGGUCCAGGAGGGUCCUGCCAGGCUGGGGACACCAGCCUGGUCUGCACUGCAGAGCUCUCAAGGGCUCCUUUCUCCCAGGCCUUAGGGAAGAGUGAGCUGAGCAAUGUGCAGGGUUUGGGUGAGCUCCUGACCUUUGGGGGCAGAACAGGCAGCAGUGGAGCAUGAGCUCGUGGGCCAGGGGAGGGCAGCUGUCAAACACUCUGACACUGGCAGUUUCUCCCUGGAAUCCAUUCCUUCUUGACCAAGACAAGCACUUGGCAGCUCAGUUUACAGUGAGGAGCAGCACGGUGCUGUCAGGUGUCCUCAGAGCUCCAGGGCUGGUGACAAGGAUUCAUCUUCCCAAUAACCAUGCCUCUGGAAGGUUUACUGCAGACCAGCUUUCCUCUGGUCUCCUGGGCUGGUCACCUUUUAGACACUGGACAGUAGCGGGUAUGCAUCUCAGGAAGUCUUCCUGUUCAAUUUAUCCAGGAGGAAUCCAGAGUGCUCCAGGAGAGCCCCACGAGGAGGAGAGCUCCACGAGGACACCCCCAGUGGAAGCUGCCAGGACACAUUUCACCAUCAGGGGCUCUCCUGGCCCAGUGCAAGCAGCUGCCAAAGGCUGUGGGGCAAAUCUCAGCUUCCAGACCCCUGUCAUGCCAGUCUCUGCCACUGGCCAGGUCAGCCCCAGAGGGGUUGAUGCUCUUGUUUUCCCCACAGGACAGAAAGCCUUCAGCACGGGCAGCAGCCAAGAAGGGCUCAUGUCCCUGAACAUGAACCUACAGGAACCCUACUGCCUUCUCCCAUCCCCUUAUUUCCUCCUCAUUGGUACUGCUGGGCUGGAGGAGAGGCACUUCUGGGUUUCCCUUCUACAUCAGGUAUGGCUGGGGAACAUCACCCUCCUCCUCAUCAUCAUCAAGGCAGAGCCCAGCCUACAUGAGCCCGUGCUGGCCUUCACUGGCCUGGUCCUGCUGACCUCCACACUGCCCAUCCUCAGCAUCUUCUGGCUGCGCUCCAGGGAGAUUGGGUUUCCCUCCUGCCUCACUCAGAUGUUCUUCAUCCACUCCUCCAUGGUGGAGUCUGCUCACAGCCAUGGCCUUGGAUCAUUCCUGGCUAUUUGCUGCCCACUGAGGCACUCCAGCAUCCUCUCAGUGCCCGUGGUGGUGGCCCUGGUGAGCCUGGUGCAUGUGCAGGGGGUGCUGCUGGUGAGCCCCAGGUGCCCCCUGCUCCAGCAGAGACAUUUCUGCCAGCACCAUCAUUUGCGAGCACAUGUGGUGAAGCUGGCCUGCAGGGACAGCAGGGUCAUAAAUGUCAUCUAUGUUCUUGUGGCUUUCCUGGUGACAGGGACUGCCCUGGUGCUGGUCUCUGUGUCCUGCGCCAGGAUCCCUCUGCUGUGCAGGGAGGCCUGGCUGAAAGCCCUCAGCACCUGCAGGUCCCACACCUGGCUCAUCCUGCCUUUCACACCCUUGCACUGGGUGGGCAGGGCAGGCCUCCCCCCACCCAAUCUGAACCUGCUGUGUCACCAUGUGAACCCUGCUGUGUGUGGGGUGACAGCCAGGCAGCUCUGGGACAGGGUGGUCAUCCUCUUCCAGCUCAAGGGACCCUGACGGGUUCACAUUGAUCAUUCUGAAGGUCUUUUCCAACCUUUUUGAUUCUGUAUGUGCCUCAAACUGUGCUCAUAAUUUACUGCAGCUGGGUAAAUGUAACAAGAGAUAACACUGGGACUGCUCAGGGAGGAACCUCCCUCCCUACCCCGAGUUUAAGAGAUCCAUUUGUGCAGAAAUCACUUGAUUCUCUCCUCUGUUAUCACUGUCCAGGAGGUUUCAUCAAUUGUGUGAUGAAACUUGACAUAAAAACGUUCAAUCUGACUUCUUCACCAAUGAGAAUGCAGUUCACCCCUCCCAGGAGUUAAAUUCCUCCCUGCUAAAAAAAAAAAAGUCCUCUCCUGACUAUUUUUGGUGUAAGGCUGAGUGGUUCUGAAAGAGCUUCCUGCAGCAGAUUUCAUCUUAUGAAGAGUGUUCCUGAACUCUGUGGUGGCAUUUAAAAAUUCCAUAAGAACGGGCACUUGGAGUAUGGGAUUGUGGUGGCCUUGGCAGUUUUAUGGCAAUGUUGGACUCAAUGACUUUAGAGGUCUUUUCCACCCAAAAUGACUCCAUUAAUCCAUGGGAAGGUGCUUCCAUCUUUGUAGAAGCAAAUGUGUAGAAUUUAGUUUGAACCAUUAACCUUGUUUUAGUAAGAAUGCAAGAACUGAAACAUUCCUGUGCGAGAAGAUUCCAAAUGUCCUGUGUAAACACAAAAAGCCUUCCAAAGACAUCAGGAAUCUUCACUGCUGCCAGCACUGGGAGGGACCAGUCAUGGGGAGGUCAUCUCUCACUGGACUGGAUUGCACACACUCCACCCUGCUCAGGUGAGA